GCCUGAUAUUUCCUGUGUCAGAGGGACACGGCCAACGUGUGGCCCCUUCCAGGCUGUCAGCCGCGCUCCAGCCACUGCCGCGAGCCGGUCUGCUCCUGCCCUGCCGGUGCGCUCCCCGCAGCAGCCCUCCGCCCAGCCCCAGCGCCCGCGCCUGUCGUCGAUGCCCGCGGGGAGGAGGAUGGAGAUGCUCUCUGCCGCCAGGGUCCCUGCGCUGCUGCUCUGCCUGGGUUUCCAUCUUCUACAGGCAGUCCUCAGUACAACUGUGAUUCCAUCAUGUAUCCCAGGAGAGUCCAGUGAUAACUGCACAGCUUUAGUUCAGACAGAAGACAAUCCACGUGUGGCUCAAGUGUCAAUAACAAAGUGUAACUCUGACAUGAAUGGCUACUGUUUGCAUGGACAGUGCAUCUACCUGGUGGACAUGAGUCAAAAUUACUGCAGGUGUGAAGUGGGUUAUACUGGUGUCCGAUGUGAACACUUCUAUUUAACCGUCCACCAACCUUUAAGCAAAGAAUAUGUGGCUUUGACCGUGAUUCUUAUUAUUUUGUUUCUUAUCAUAGUUGUUGGUUCCACAUAUUAUUUCUGCAGAUGGUACAGGAAUCGAAAAAGUAAAGAACCAAAGAAGGAAUAUGAGAGAGUUACCUCAGGGGAUCCAGAGCUGCCGCAAGUCUGAAUGGCGCUGUCAAACUUAUGGAUAACAAGUUUGACAGGGAUAUGGCAGGGAUAACAGUGUGCCUGGUUAAUAUUAAUAUUUCCACUUUGUUAAUAAUAUUUAUGUUGGGUCAAGUGUUAGGUCAAUAACACUGUAUUUUAAUAUACUUGAAAAAUGUUUUUAUUUUUGUUCUAUUUUUGACAGACUAUUUGCUAAUGUAUAAUGUGCAGAAAAUAUUUAAUAUCAAAAGAAAAUUGAUAUUUUUAUAAAAGUAAUUUCCUGAGCUAAAUGCUUCAUUGAAAGCUUCAAAGUUUAUAUGCCUGGUGCACAGUGCUUAGAAGUAAGCAAUUUCCAGGUCAUAGCUCAAGAAUUGUUAGCAAAUGACAGAUUUCUGUAAGCCUACAUAUACAGUCAAAUCGAUUUAGUAAGUAUUUUUUUCUACUCAAAUCAAUGAUAAUUGGUUUGACUGUACCAGGGUUUGAUAUGUUAGUUGGCACCAUGGUGUCACAUAUUAAAACAGUAAUGCAAUUGGAAUUUGGGAAAAGCAAAUAUAGGUCCUGUGUUAAACACUACACAUUUGAAACAAGCUAACUCUGGGAGACUCUAUGGUCUCUUCACUCAGGUCUCAGCUCUAACUGUUGUAUGAGGGGCAGUGGACCGUUCCCUAUGCCAGUUCACGACUCCUACAUGUACUAGUCACUCAUCUACCGGAUUCUGCCUAUGUAAAAUGAAUUGAACAACAAUUUUCUGUAAUAUUGUAUUUAAGUAGUGGGCAUUUCAUAGCUUCACAAUGGUCCUUUUUUUUGUAUAUUACAACAUUUGUGUGAGGUAAUUAUUGCUCAACAGACAAUUAGAAAAAAGUCCACACUUGAAGCCUAAAUUUGUGCUUCUUUUUAGGAUAUUUCUUUUUAUAGGUACUUUGCUGAAUUCUAACAUUAAAUCACAGUCCAAAAUUUGAUGGACUAAUUAUUAUUUUUAAAUAUAUGAAAACAAUAAUUCUACAUGUUGUCUUAAGACAUGUUGUCUUUUAUUCAAGAAAGUUUUAACUUUAAAACAGCUCAGGAAAUGGCUUCUUCUAGAAUGUAAAGUUAUGUAUUUAAAGUUGUAUCUGGACAUAGGAAAUGGGAAAAAACUUAAAAAUUGAUAUAGUGUAUUUUUCCAAAUGAAAAUCUCAAUCAAAAGCGUUUAAAAUGUAGAAACCUAAACACACCUUCCUGUGGAGGCUGAGGUGAAAACUCGGGGUCAUUUUUCUGACAUUUGUUUAUUUUUUGGAAGAGACAAAGAUUUCUUCUGCACUCUGAGCCCAUAGGUCUCAGUGAGCUAACAGGAGUAUUUUUGGGCUAUUGCAUAAGGAGCCACUGCUGCCACCACCUUUGGAUUUUAUGGGAGGCUGCUUCAUCGAAUGCUAAACCUUUGAGUAGAGUCUCCCUGGAUCACAUACCAGGUCAGGGAGGAUCUGUUCUUCCUCCAUUUUUAUCCUGGCAUGUGCUACGGCAAUGAAGACAUAAUAAGCCAUGGCUGACCUCUGGAGCACCAGAUGCCAGGACUUGUCUCCAUGUGUAUCCAUGCAUUAUAUACCCUGGUGCAAUCACACGACUAAAGUCAUCUAAAGUCCUGGCCCUGCCCUUACUAUUAGGAAAAUAAACAGACAAAAACAAGUAAAUACAUAUAUUCACAUACAUAUUGUAUGUAUAUUCAUAUACAAACAUGUAUGUAUACAUGACCUUAAUGGAUCAUAGAACUGCAGUCAUUUAUUGCUCUAUUAACCAUUUAUAUAAAACUUAAAAACAAGAGAAAAGAAAAAUCAAUUGAUCUAAAAAGUUAUUUCUGUUUCCUGUUUAAUAUAGCUGAAGUCAAAGUAUGUAAGAACACAUUUUAAGUACUCUACUUACAGUUGGCCCUCUGUGGUUAGUUCCACAUCUGUGGAUUCAACCAACCAAGGAUGGAAAAUACUUAAAAAA